CAGAUAAAUUUAACUCGUAGUAUGCAAGCAAGCACUGAAUUGGUGACUAAAAUGAAGAAAAGAUUCUUCGCAAACCUCUUUAGCAAAGAUUCAAAAUAUAAUAGUGUUUUAAUGACAAAACGAAAGUAUGACUCCAUAAUUGAAGAUGUAAAGCGAAUCAAAGUUUCCAAAAAGAAAGAAUCAUCUCGAGAUUAUCGAAUAAUUCAAAGGUAUGAUGUGUUGACUGUACAAGGCUGCGAAAAACUCAUUGCGCCGUUGUCAGAUGUGCGAGAAAGUGUGAAAAAGUUUGUCCAUGCCGAAGAAUUGUUUGACAUAUUGUAUUCUACUCAUUUGUCAAUUGGCCACGGUGGAAGAGACAGAAUGAUCAAGCAAUUAAAUACACUUUAUACAAACAUAACCCAAGCCCAAAUAAAAAUGUUUUUGGAUUUAUGCGAACCUUGUCAACAAAAACAAAAAAGUGCGAAAAAAGGGAUUGUUGUAAAGCCGAUUAUUUCAUCACAUUUCAAUUGCAGAUGCCAGGUGGAUCUCAUCGAUUUCCAAUCUCAACCAGAUGGAAAGUUUAAGUUUCUUCUCGUAUACCAAGACCACUUAACAAAAUUUGUUGUAUUGAAGCCGCUCACAUCAAAACAGGCGGAUGAAGUAGCCUAUAACUUGCUUGACAUUUUUCUCCUUUUUGGCGCUCCAAGUAUUUUGCAUUCUGAUAACGGACGCGAAUUUUGUAAUAAAAUCUUAGAAAGUGUAACACAGUUGUGGCCAGAAAUCAAAAUGGUUAAUGGCAAACCUAGACACAGCCAAAGUCAAGGAAGUGUAGAACGAGCGAAUCAAGACAUUGAAAACAUGCUCACUACUUGGAUGGCUGAUAACCAAACUAACAAGUGGAGUGAGGGCGUAAGAUUUGUACAAUUCAUGAAGAAUCGUGCCUAUCAUUCUGCAAUUAAAAGAAGUCCAUACGAAGCCAUGUUCGGUUGUCCCGCAAAAGUGGGAUUGUCUUCUAUUAUACCACAAAGUGUAUUACAUUCGAUAAAUACUGAAGAAGACCUUGAAAAAUUAGAAGAUUCACAAGAGACCUUGAUUAUGGGAUCACAGUCAAAUCUUACCCAAGAGGACAUUCCGUUAUCCCCUGCUUCUACAGAAUCACCUAUAGAAAUACAAGAAUAUAUUGAUAGUAAUCUUAAACUGCCUUCUACACCGUUGAUUGAGGAUACAGUUAUGAAGAAUAUUCAGUUACCCUGCACCUCCAAGGAAUCACCUCUGCAUGUUGAAGAAGUCAUCACUGAGUUACCCUCAACUUCAGCAGAAUCGCCAUCACAGUUUCGUACAGAGCCUGUAAAGAGGACUAUACAAGACAUGGACCAGACCCCAUUGUCAGAAGAUUGUAGUUACCCUGUGCUGAUGAACAUGGACUGGACUCAGAUUGAUGAGAAGAUCUUGGAUCUCACCCUGGAGAUCAUCUCUCUGCUUACUGGAGAGGAUCAGGUGGUUGCAAAAAAGUUUUGUGAGUGUGUUGAGCACAACCGCCCUCACCGUGUAACAGAAGGAUCCUAUAAAACAGAGAGCCUCAGUGCAGUGACUUCACGUUCCUUGGAAAUACAUGAGAGAGAGAAAGACAAGAUCCUGGAACUGACCAAUCAGAUCAUCCAGCUGCUGACUGGAGAGGUUCCUAUAAGGUGUGAGGAUGUCACUGUCUAUUUCUCCAUGGAGGAGUGGGAGUAUCUAGAAGGACACAAGGAUCUCUACAAGGACCUGAUAAAGGAGAAUCACCAGAUCCUCAGCUCACUGGAUAAACCUUUAUCAGGUGAAUAUCAUACUCCAGAUUGUGUUCCUGAGUUUGGAAACAAUGAGGAAAGUGUAGCUAAACCUAAAGAUGGACCGCACUAUCUGCAAACUAGCAAAGUAAGAAAAAGACUGAAAAAUAAUACACCGUACAUGUGGGAAGAGUCUCCACCGUGUACAGAUGAAAAUCACAGAGACAUGGACAUUUACAAAGAGACAGAAUAUCCAUCUACUGAUAUUAAGAAGGAAUCUACAUUACAUGAAGAAGGGAAUCUCACAGGGCUUGACAUCCAUGCAUGCACAGAUAAUACACAGACAGAAUAUUCAUCUAUUCUUAUUAAGGAGGAAUCAGCCUCGGAUGAAGAAGGGAAUCGCCCAGGAGUCGACAUUUAUAAAUCCAGUCACAAUUCUACUCUUGCAGAUAGUGAAGAUAAUAGAACUUGUUCAAACAUACAUUCUAUCAAGCCUUGUAUUGAAUUAAAUACACCAUAUCAUAUUGAUGGUAAUGCUACUAACAUAGAGGAAAUAUUCCUGUUUUCUCACUGUCCACAAGAUGUCAAUAGUGACACGCAGGAUGUUAAGCAUCAGCCAACUCAUACAGGUAAAUACGUAUUAUCCACGCCAGACCCUGUUAUACAUGAGAUGAAUCCUAAAGGAGAAAAUCAGAUUUCAUCUCCUGAAUCUAGGCCAGAUUUUAUUCAGAUGUCAAAUCUUGUCAAGCAGGAAAUGGAUUGGACUGAACAUAAACCAUAUAUAUGCUCUGAAUGUGGGAAAUAUUUUACCCAGGCUGCACAGCUUGCGUCACAUAAAAUGGUUCAUAGUAAGGAAAGACCAUACAAAUGUACUGAAUGUUCGAAGAAUUUUAAAAGAAAGCAUCAUCUUGUUAAUCAUCGUAAAAUUCACACAGGAGAAAAACCAUUUAAAUGCACUGAGUGUGGGAAAUGUUUUACUUCGAAUUCGCAGCUGAUUUCACAUAAAUGGAUUCAUUCAGGCGAGAGACGAUUUAAGUGUUAUGAAUGUGGCAAGUGUUUUAUCCUAAAGCAUCAUCUUAUUAGUCAUCAAAUGGUUCACAGUGGAGAAAAACCUUUUAAAUGCACUGAAUGUGGGAAAGGUUAUACUCGGGCCACAAGUCUUGCAUCACACAAAUUAAUUCACACUGGAGAAAAACCAUUUUCAUGCUCUGAAUGUGGGAAAAGUUUUACCCAGGCUGCACAUCUCGCAUCACAUAAAAUGGUUCAUAAUAAGGAAAAACUUUACAAAUGUACUGAAUGUUCGAAGAGUUUUAACAAAAAGAAAUAUCUUGUUCGACAUCAGAAGAUUCACACAGGAGAAAAGCCAUUUAAAUGCACUGAAUGUGGGAAAUGUUUUACUUUGAAUUCACAGCUGAUUUCACAUAAGUGGAUUCAUUCAGGCGAGAGACGAUUUAAGUGUAAUGAAUGUGGCAAGUGUUUUACCCUAAAGCAUCAUCUUAUUAGUCAUCAAAUGGUUCACAGUAAAGAAAAGUCUUUUAAUUGCACUGAAUGCAGGAAAAGUUUUUCCCGGGCCACAAGUCUUGCAACACACAAAUUAAUUCACACUGGAGAAAAACCAUUUUCAUGCUCUGAAUGUGGACAACGGUUUAACUUAAAGCAUGUUCUUAAAAUGCACCAAAGAGUUCACACAGGAGAGAAACCUUACAGGUGCCUUGAAUGUGGGGAAAGUUUUACCCGAUUAACAAGUCUUGUUUCACAUAAAAGGACUCAUACAGGAGAAAGGCCAUUUAAAUGCUCUGAAUGUGGAAAAGGUUUUACCCGGGCCACAAAUCUUGCAUCACAUAAACUGAUUCACACAGGAGAAAAACCAUUUUCAUGCUCCGAAUGUAGGAAACGGUUUUACUCAAAGCACGAUCUUAAUAGACAUCACAGGGUUCACACAGGAGAGAAACCCUAUAGGUGCCUUGAAUGCGGGAAAGGUUUUUCCCGCUUAUCAAGUCAUAAGUUACAUAAAAAGAUUCAUACAAGAUAGAGGCCAUCUAAAUACUCUAAAUGUGGGAAAUGUUUUACCCAGCCCACAUCUGUGAUUAGACAUUAAAGAAUUCACAGAUUAUUAGAGCCGUUCUUCUGAACAUGGAGAAAGCUUUGCAGGUACCUAGUCUAAUAUUAGACACUGCGGUACUAACAGAGUAAAAUCCAUUUGCAUGUACAAUGUG